CGCGGUUUUCCCUGCCGAGUGCGCGGUGGCCUCAGUGGCGGAGGCUGCACCAGGCACGCGGCCCCCGGCAGACCCGGCUGGAGCUCAGGGCGCACCUUCCUCACCGCCACACGCAGAAUUGAUUGAAGAAAUGGAUACUUCUCCAUCCAAAAAGUAUCCAGUGAAAAAACGGGUAAAAAUACAUCCCAACACAGUGAUGGUGAAAUAUACUUCUCAUUAUCCCCAGCCUGGGGAAGAUGGAUAUGAAGAAAUCAAUGAAGACUAUGAAUUUAUGGAAGAAAAUCCAAAGAAAGGUCUGCUGAGUGAAAUGAAAAGAAAAGGUAGAACUUUCUUCGGAACCAUGGAUCCUCAGCCUCCACCAACAGAAGACCCAAUGACCAAUGAGAUUGGACAAUUCCAGAGCUUUGCAGAAAAAAAUAUUUUUCAAUCCCGAAAAAUGUGGAUAGUGCUAUUUGGAUCUGCUUUGGCUCAUGGAUGUGUGGCCCUUAUCACUAGGCUUGUUUCUGACCGUUCUAAAGUUCCAUCUUUAGAACUGAUUUUUAUCCGUUCUGUCUUGCAGGUCUUAUCUGUUUUAGUUGUGUGUUACUACCAGGAGCCUCCCUUUGGACCCAGUGGAUACAGAUUACGGCUCUUCUUUUAUGGUGUAUGCAAUGUCAUUUCUAUUACCUGUGCUUAUACAUCAUUUUCAAUAGUUCCUCCCAGCAAUGGCACCACCAUGUGGAGAGCCACAACCACAGUGUUCAGUGCCAUUUUGGCAUUUCUACUUGUAGAUGAGAAAAUGGCUUAUGUUGACAUGGCUACAGUUUUUUGCAGCAUAUUAGGUGUUUGUCUUGUCAUGAUCCCCAAUAUUGUAGAUGAAGACAAUUCUUUGUUAAAUGCCUGGAAAGAAGCCUUUGGGUACACUAUGACUGUGAUGGCUGGACUGACCACUGCUCUUUCUAUGAUAGUAUACAGGUCCAUCAGGGAGAAGAUCAGCAUGUGGACUGCCCUGUUUACCUUCGGUUGGACUGGGACAAUCUGGGGAGUAUCUACUAUGUUUGUUCUUCAAGAACCUAUCAUUCCAUUAGAUGGAGAAACAUGGAGUUAUCUCAUUGCUAUAUGCGUCUGUUCCACUGUGGCAUUUUUAGGAGUUUAUUAUGCUUUGGACAAAUUCCAUCCAGCUUUGGUCAGCACAGUACAGCAUCUGGAGAUUGUGGUAGCCAUGGUCCUGCAGCUUCUAGUGUUACACAUAUUUCCUAGUGUCUAUGAUGUCUUUGGAGUAAUAAUUAUGAUCAGUGUUGUCCUUGCUGGCUAUAAACUUUACUGGAGGAAUUUAAAAAGGCGAUAUCAGGAAAUACUAGACUCUCCCUUAACUAAUAUCUGGUUAUUAUUAUUUUGUUAAUGUUCAGUUACUAAUAUGUACACUGCCAAUUUAAUGUUUACCUUCCUAUAAAUGUCUUUAUGUUAUAUAAUUCAGAGUGCUAUAUAAUUAUAAUUAAUAUAGUCAGAUGCAGAAAAAUUAUUAUA